AUGAACGACCUCUGGAAGAGGAAGUGCCCUGACCACGACGAGAUAUACAGGUACUACUGCAUGGAUGACAAGGUGUGUGUGUGCAACGCCUGCACCAUCGAAGGAGGUCACCUGGGACACACCAUCAAGACCCUGAAGAACACCAUGAAGGAUCUAAAGGGCACGCUGGAUAAACAGCUGUACAGAGUGGAGAGGAAGUACAGCAUGGCCGAGAGAAAGCUCCAGGAGCAGAAGGAGAAGGAGAGGCAGAACAAGAAAUUCAUGGACGACUCGGAUCAGGGCCUGGCCCGGCUGGGAGACGAGCUGAAGGCCAAAGUGCUGCGCUUCGUCGGCAGGCUGCGGGAAAGAACAUCUCCAGGAUCUGCCAGGACCAGGCCCCGUCUGCAGGAGGUGCGCUGCGGCAUUGAGAGCCUCAUGCAGGAGAACGACCCUUUCCACUUCAUCCAGGCCUACAAGACAACAGGAAAACAGUGUCGUAGGCAGCUGAGGAAAAACAUGUUCUAUCCAGAAUAUGUGGACAUGGAGACCGAGGUUCUCGGGGUGAUGAUGGAGGAAGAGAUGAGGAAGUUCCUGGUUGAAGAACUCCCUGGUCAUAUUGUCGCAGCCAUCAGCACGUUGUGUCAUCUUUCAGAUCUAGAAGAGGAGGAGGAGGAGCAGGAGGAGCAGGAGGAAGAGGCGGCAGAGGAGGAGGAGGAUGACGACGACGACGACCUGGACGACAGCAGCGUGGAGGAGAUGAGGAGCGAGGGGGAGGAGGAAGACGAGGAGGAGGAGGACGACGAAGACGACGGACAGGACCGGAGCGGGCAGGUCGACGAUCUCUACAGCCCGGGGGAGGAGGAAGAGGAGGAGGAAGAAGAAGGGGAGGAUGAGGACGACGAGGACGAGGAGGAGGGAGAGGACGAGGAGGAGCGAGGGGUUUGACGGAGGACUUGAAACUUAAA